CCACCAGGGGGCGCUGUCCGCUACUGCAGCGCUCGACUCCUACGGCGGAGGAGCAGCUCCGUUGCUACGUCACCACAUUUCACCGAAUGCGAUAAAACAGCGUGGAAAAGCCUGGAAGUUCAUCCCGAGAAGCUGCCAGAAACGGAGACAUCCGUGCGUCCAGAGACAAAAUGAGGGAAGCUGCGCUGCUGCUCACGUCUUGUGUAGUUGUGUGUCUCCUCCUGGGCCACAGCCGGGCUGCCAGACAGGGACAGGACAUCAGAUGUGGAGCCUGCAGGGCUCUGGUGGACGAGAUGGAUUGGGCCAUAUCCCAGGUAGAUCCCAAGAAAAUGAUCCAGACGGGAUCCUUCAGGAUCAAUCCGGACGGGAGUCAGUCCAUCAGAGAGGUUCCUUUAGCACGCUCUGAGGGAAACCUCCUGGAGUUGAUGGAGAGCGUGUGCGACAGGAUGGAGGACUAUGGCGAGCGCACCGAUCCGUCCACCAACAGGAAGUCCUACAUCAGAAUCAAGUCUCGGAACGGUGAGGCCAUGGACGUCUCAGAGGCGACGUUUGACUCUAGAGUCACAUCCAGUUUGAAAUUCGCUUGUGAGACAAUUGCUGAACAUCACGAAGAUGAAAUUAUCGAAUUCUUCGCUCAUGAAACGGAUAAUGUCAAAGACAAACUCUGCAGUAAAAGGACAGACCUUUGUGACCACGCCUUAAACAUUCCUCAUGACGAACUUUGAUGUUCUCUCGUCAGAGCUGCGAUCUCUGACACACACAGGAACAUUUGGUGCUGUACUGUCUCAUGACAUUGCCUCGAGAUGUAAACAAAUCUUUUUCUAUAAGAUCACAGAGAAUUUAGGAGCACUUUUGGCCUAAUUAUGCCGUUCUGUUCAGUUACCCACUCAUGUACAGUUUGUUAUAUUUGUUCACAAUUUUCUUUGUCUUUUUUCACCCAUCUAAUACUUCUCUCUCCAACUGUGAACAUUAACAAUUACCGUAUUGAACCGCCUUUCCAGUAAGGUCGCCUCCAACUAGUUCAGAUGUUUGACUCAUCUUAGUGAGGCGAAAGAAAAGCAUACAAACAGUAGUUAUAAUUUGGGAUGUAAAAAAAACAAAAAAAAACUCAAUGUUAUCUUGAAAUGUUUCACUUGAAUUGGGAUUGGUUGUGUUUCCUGCUUCAUUGUUAAAGCACUUCGCUGACAUUGGAAACAUUGAUUAGCCUGAGGGACCACCAAAAGAAAUGUUUAAAAAGGUUAAAACAAAAUUAUUUGUCACAACUUAAGACAAUACGUUGUUGAACACCAUUUGCACAACAUGUUAGGUUCCCUUAUGGCGCGGGUGCAGCUGUCAUUUACGAGCCCUGGGACCAGCAUGUAGGUAUUUUGCUCUCUAGGGGGG